ACAACCAUCCUUUACCUGUUUAAAAAAUAAAUACGUGGAUUCAGGAGGCAUUAAUGCUCGCUGAGUGUGUGAAUGAGAAGUGAACCACGUGUUUUAAAUAAUUAACAUAAAACGCAUGAAUCGACUUGGUAGUAGCUUAGUUGAUUAUAUAUAUGUAUAUAUAUAGUGUGUGUACUACAGUGUCUUUUAUCGGUAAAUGCCGUGCACAGGUCGACACAGCAUUCUGUGGGAUUUACAUGCAGCUCAGGUGUAUCUUCUGAACAAAAUUAGCUGAAUGCACGCAAGGAAAACACGUUAAUUAUUCCUUCUUUAUUUACAUCUAAGUGAAGGCUUAUUUAAUACUCUCCACAAGUAUCGGAUUCCGAAAUGCUAUCCAAUACCAUAACACAGAAACUCUGCCUUUUAUGACGGUUGUGAAACAAACAUUUAGCCACAGAAAGCCACAAACAAACGGACUAUGGCUGGACUAUUUCAUGUCUUUUUGACCUUUGACCCAGUGUUACCAACACUGUUCGUCAUCGCUGUUGUGUUACUAUACAGUUAUCUUAACAACAUAUACUCUGUGUUCAACAAACUAAACAUACCGGGGCCCAAGCCCAAAUGGAUUUUUGGGAAUCUUGGUGACUUUAAAGACAAGUUUCCUCUAGAAGUGUUCAAAGAAUUGAGAUUGAAGUUCGGAGAUGUAUUUGGGUUUUUCGAGGGAUUUAGACCAAGUAUCGUAAUCAGCGAUCCAGAAAUUGCAAAGCAAGUCCUUGUAAAGCAUUUCGACAAAUUCCAUGUGCGACCGAUCUACAAUCCAUUUGUGUAUUACCCUGAUAAUCUCAGUUUACUCAAUACAUACGGCGACACGUGGCGGAGGCAGCGCUCUGUAGUGGCAUCAGCCUUCAAGUCUGUAAAUACAGCCCAUGUCGUCAAAUGUCUGAAUCGAGUUGCCGAUAAGUUGGUGAGCAAGCUGGAGGAAAGUGCGGCACACUGUCAAAACGGGUUUGAUAUCUCAAGCUUGAUAGACAGAUUCUCAGUAGAUGCCUUCGCCUAUGCAGCUUUCAACUAUAACGUCAACAGCUUGGAUGACGAGAAUGCGACCCUUUAUCGUUAUAUGAAGGCGUUUAAUCAUUCCUCUGCCGCUGACAAUCCAGCAGCAGGUCUAGCCAGAGUUUAUGAAAGCCUAACGCCAUUCCUCAAAAUAUUUGACAAAGAACACGCAAUGUUGCAUGAACUCCACGUUAAAGAAAUCAGAAAGUGCAUUCAGCAAGAGCGAAUAAGGCAGCUGUCUGAACAAGAUAUGGAUACAGCAGAGAAGAACCUCCUUCAUCAUAUAAUGCAGGGAUCCGUUCAAGUUCUGGCGGAGGACGGUAAAUGGUACAGACGAGGACUGACGGACGAAGAUAUUGUAGCUCACAUUAAUUCUCUGAUCGGAGGGGGACUGGGGACCCUGAACGCCUCAAUAGAAUUCGUCAUUCACAUGCUGUCUGUCCAUCCAUCACUUCAACAGAAGCUUUAUGAAAACAUAAUAGAAGUUUGUGGAAACGAGGAAAAUCCAACUGAUCAACAACUCAAAAACCUAGAGGAAAUGGACAAAUUUAUUUUUGAAACACUUCGACUGCUGCCGUGUGCUCCGGGUGUAGCCAGAACAUGCACAGAGGACUGUGAAAUCAAUGGAAUUCCGUUUAAAAAAGGAUGGUUUGUAAGGAUUAUGUUAUGCACACUGUACACCGAUGAUUCCGUGUUCCCUAAUGCAGAAGUGUUUGAUCCCGAGAGGUUUUCCACAACGGAAAAAGAGAAGAGACACCCGUACGCAUUCCUGCCGUCUGGACAGGGACCGCGGAUGUGUCCUGGGUAUAACAUUGCUUUGUACCAAACAAAAGCAUCAUUAGUCAAGAUCCUUAGAAAGUUUGUCAUUGAAAGUUGUCCGAAAACAGUGGACCCACUUCCCACUGCCUUAAGACCAAUGCUUUGUCCUAGAAACGGUGUGUUCAUAAAACUACGAAAUCGUAGUAAAACUCAGUGAAGAAUUGUGAUGGUUAAGCGGACAAAAAGACAUACUCAUUGCAUGCCAAAUACGCAUGCUCGUAUUUGGGCAGACCAUAAGUCCUUCGAAGGAGCUUAACGUACAAGAAGGAGACCGGUCAUACUCAGCUUUCCUGAUCAAUAUUCACAGAGAAUUAUACUCCUCAAGUUUAAUUCAUUCAGAACUCCGUUGUUUUGAAAUGUUACACAUUAGUCCGUAGUGUGUGAUAAAUGCUCAUGACUCUGUCUGUGUGAAGUAAACGCCAUUUUCUCCACGGAGGUAAUGUAGAAUUUUUACUUUGUUGCCAUAUUGGGUCACUACUGUGAUACAGAACUACGAAGUCGUAUACGACAGAUGUUGAAGAGGACCAGACGAACUGAAUAGAAAUCCACUGACAUUUGUAUGGUUUCAUAUGAUUAAUGUUUUAUUCAGACUUCAUGAUCAUUAUAUGUCCAUGUUAACAUGAUUUCAGUGAUGUAUAUGCAUCAAAAUGAUAUUUAUUUGUUCAAA